GGCUGCACUUGCUUUGCACCCGGGCACAGUGCAGCCGCGACGGGGCGGGCAGACUCGGGCGCUCAGAGCCGGCCUCGGGUCCUCGGCGCUUGGCGCCGGAACCUCCAUCCCGACCUCCACCCGGCCGGGACCCCGACCCGGACCUGGUCCGGCCCCCGCCCCCCGAUCCGAUGGACUACUCCUACCUCAAUUCGUACGACUCGUGCGUGGCGGCCAUGGAGGCGUCCGCCUACGGCGACUUCGGCGCCUGCAGCCAGCCUGGCGGCUUCCAGUACAGCCCCUUGCGGCCUACCUUCCCCGCGGCGGGGCCGCCGUGCCCUGCGCUCGGCUCCUCCAACUGCGCGCUUGGCGCCCUGCGCGACCACCAGCCCGCGCCCUACUCGGCAGUGCCCUACAAGUUUUUCCCGGAGCCAUCAGGCCUACACGAGAAGCGCAAGCAGCGGCGCAUCCGCACCACGUUCACGAGCGCACAGCUCAAAGAGCUAGAGCGCGUCUUUGCCGAGACCCAUUACCCGGACAUUUACACGCGGGAGGAGCUGGCACUCAAAAUCGACCUCACUGAGGCUCGGGUACAGGUCUGGUUCCAGAACCGCCGCGCCAAGUUCCGAAAACAAGAGCGCGCGGCCAGCGCCAAGGGCGCAGCGGGCACAACAGGCGCCAAAAAGGGCGAGGCGCGCUGCUCGUCUGAGGACGACGACUCCAAGGAGUCCACGUGCAGCCCCACGCCGGACAGCACCGCAUCGCUGCCGCCGCCGCCGCCCGCACCCAGCCUGGCCAGCCCCCGCCUGAGCCCCAGCCCGUUGCCUGCCGCGCUGGGCUCCGGCCCCGGCCCCGGGCCAGGACCACAGUCGCUCAAGGGCGCGCUGUGGGCAGGCGUGGCAGGCGGUGGGGGCGGAGGACCCGGCUCCGGCACGGCCGAGCUACUUAAGGCCUGGCAGCCGGCGGAGCCCGGGCCCGGGCCGUUCUCCGGAGUUCUGUCCUCCUUUCACCGGAAGCCCGGCCCAGCCCUGAAGACCAAUCUCUUCUAGCUGCAGGCCUCCGGAGGCCCUAAGCCUGCCCCAGAGACACCCCUGGUCCUCCAGGACCCAACACAGACCUCCCCAUCCCGGCCGCCUGCCUCAAAGACCCUAUGUGCCCCCACAUCCCACAGUUUCGACCCCCUAGGUGUGCCCUCCCCAGCUUUGGAAACCAAGUCGGGCCACCCAUCCUCCCACUCACACCCAGCAGAGAGGAGUCCUUUUCACCCGGCCCCGGGAGAGCCGGCAUGCCUGCUAGCUUGGCUUUCUUCGGAACCGGGAUCAAGUAACGCCUGUCCCUAACACACUAUCUAACACACAGGUCGCUAAGGAGCGGCGCGGUGCAGUUCCAGGACUUUGCAGCUGGCUGGGUCACUCCUAACCUCGGUGACCGACUGUGAUCGUCCGCUGCCCACCCCUAGCUCACCUGCACUGCCCCAAUCCCCAUGGCUGGUUUUCGCUGGGAUCAUCAGCAGCCUGAGUGACCCGAAGCCCAGCCUUUCCUCUUGGGUCCUCCCACCCCCUAGCAGAGGGUGGACUUGUUGGCGGCGGGGAGGUGCUGUAGAAACAUGGGGUUUCCUUUUUCCUGAUUUUUUUUUUUGAAAACUUGUAAUUUAUUGAGGUGAUUUUGCUCAACCCAAAUAAAACUUAAU